UCGUCAGAGAGAUCUACAAUCAGUAGUGUCUCAACGAUUGCCGAUAGACUUGGUGUAUUAUAUUUCGAUAGUGCAUUUAUCGUAUUAUUAUCGAUUUUUCAUACCGAAUAAACGAAAAUUUCAAAAGGAAUAAAAUGAAAUCGUUCAUCGUACUUGGUUUCAUCCUCGUUCUUGCAAUUGUGACUUCAGCGAAGUCCGAGCAUGGAUUCAAUAAAUAUCUUCAGGCACAGUCACCGGAUGUAAUGGAAAAAUGUUUGAAAGAAUCGAAACUCGAAGCUGAGAAGGACAAGCUGCUUACUGAUGAAACAUCUGUAGAUCCCGAAAAAUUGGCCUGCUUUAUCGCUUGUACCCUCAAGGAAAACGGUUCAUUGGUCAACGGAGAAAUUAAAUUCGACGUAUUAUCAGAACUACUCAAAAAAUUGUUACCCAACAAAGAAGACAGAACCCCUGAGAGGUUGGAAAUCAUGCAAAAUUGUCUUCCAGAAGGAACUGGCUCGAAUGAUUGUGAGAAGAUAGGAAACAUUAUCAAAUGCGUUCAAAUAAAGUUAAAAGAAAAGGGUUUUUAAAAGAUAAAAACACCGAAAGGAUCCAUUUCAGCUGUGACAUCGACAAAAACAAUACUUCUUCUUUGUAUGCCAUGUUUUUUCUCAUAAUAUGCUUGAAUUAAUAUGUCAAUAUCUUUUUUAUAAUUCUUUGACAUACUAACAAUUUUGCAUUAAUUACAUAUAAUAUAUUUAAACUGAAAUAAAAA